UGUAAGCGGGCGUGGUGCACGGCCGGGCGAGCAGUUCGCUGCUGCUAGGUACACGAUUGACGCCGCCUGCCGCCUGCCUGCGCUGAGAGUCUCCACCGAGGCAGAGUCGCAGUGUUGAAACAAACAACGACACCUUCUGCACGCCGCACCUUGAGCCUCUUCCCGGCAGCUGGCCUGCUCUGAUAAGCCUCGUCCCGUCCUUCUUUCCCGCCGCCCUCCCUUUUCGCGCCGCGCCUUUCCUUCUGAUUCGUGACCCGCCGCUCAGCCUCGCCAACCUUGUCGUCUGGAGUGAUAGGCAGCCCAUCGCGAGACCGCCCGCGAUUGAGCUUUCCCACCGCAGCGUAGAUCCGGCGCAGUCCUGGCGCAGCUUCUGUUGUGCCUUCCCCAAGAGCAGUGCGAGGCAUGGCAACCGCGACGCAGCUCAUGCCGUCGCCGAGUGGCCUGAAGUCCAUGUCGGCAUUCAGCCCCUACACGGACUCGCCCAGCUCACCGGGCACCUUCGCUCACGUCUUCUCAAAUAGAUCCUCAGGGCACACGUCCGACCACCUGCAACCACCGCCCAGCCCAUAUCCGGCGACGGUCGACCCUUCGCCUGUCGACAGCAAUGGCACGAGCCAUACCGACCACACUGAGAUCGAAGACGACGCCCAAGUCAAUCACCCAAGUGCAAGCGAAGAUGGCAUGAGCGACAUUAGAUCGCCGGGCACUGACGAUAUAGUGAGCCCGGCGAGCCAGGACGGACCCGCAAAGCCCCAUACCCAUAAGCUCAACACCGCCGUGCGCAGGGCUGACUCGGAUGAUGCCCCGCCGUCUGUCAUCCAUGCGCCAGACACAUUCAAACAAUUCAGCCAGAACCGGAUGACGUCUGGCGCGUCGUCGAGCGCAAACACGUCAGAUAACACCGCAGUCGUCUCGCCGUCAACACCAGAAGCCAACAUGCUUCCGGAUGUCGAGGACAAGCACACUUCUUCUGCCUACACUACGCCCAUUGAUACCGCUGUGUCAAAUUCGGUUACCGACCGCAGCACGCCGCGUGCCCAGACAAGACAAGAUUUCGAGGAAGACCUCAGGCGGCGCAGCGUUCGUAAGAGCGUCAAUCUCGCGGAUAUCGCCGAGUACGAAGACCAUGCCACCACGGAUUCCUCUGCAAGCUCAGUCAUUGAACAAGAUGACAGCCAGUCAUCACAGUCGCAAGACGGCGAGUCCAUGUCCAUCGGCACUCAAACGAUGGGCCAGGCGAUCCACGGCAUUCAAGAGUCGGAGAAGGAAGUGGCUGCCCUGCGAAGCGCAUUGGACGAAUGCUGGACACUCUGCAACUCGCUGGCCAAAUUGAGCCAACACCACAGGACCCGCAUGUUCCACUACUCCGGUGGAAGCCCUGAUAUGCAGGAGCAUGCCUGGAGAACAUGUUGGCGACUUUGCCAGAAACUCUACGAAAGUAGAGAGGAGAACCCCUCCACGCAGAUUCGGCCGACCCUGGAGCUGUGCCGAGACUUUUGCCAGGCACUAUUCGACGUGCGUCAGCGCGGCGAUGAGGCUUCUGAUUCGGUGCUUAGAGUCAGCUUCGAGCUGAACAACCAUCUCUACAACGCACAUGAUCGCACGCUACCCGAGACAUUCCGUGAACGCACUCUGGACUUCUACCUGACGUUAUGUCAUCGCUUAAUGAAGCAACGCACUUCUCUCCCAGAAGAGACCGAUUCACUGCUCCAUGCAUGCUGGUCGUUGGCAGAGAUGCUUUUCAGCCUCCGUCAGAACAGCCGAGAUGGCAAGCCAGCCGACGAGGAACUGCUGGGCUCGGCAAUACAGGCGUGUUGGGAGUUGUGUGACUUGUUCCGUGAAGGCUGGACGCAGGUGCGGCCUGAUCGCGGCACUCCGCGACCGACUCAGUAUGCCUUUUCGACCGGUCGCAGUUCCAUGACGCACCGCUCCCAGACCGCGUACUCGGAACGGUCUGGACGAUCCUCUAGUGUCAAUGAGUCGUAUCACUCGGCUAUACAGUCAAGGAACGCGACGCCAAUGCAGCCAGAGACACCAACUACCAUCUUCGAUGACCGUGAAGAGUUCUCGCCAGCAGACGAGCCCAACGUACCAAACAUACUUGUCCUCGGCCCAGAAGCUGGCAUGACUCGCACUCAUGACCGCUGGUCAUCCGCUUCAUCCAACCUUUCUACAUACUCCGACGCUUCACAACACACUUCUUCGACCGCCACUGCCGGUCGAGAGGAUGCCAAUUUGGUCCGCCUGAAAGGACUGAUCAUCAAGGCGGCCAUCAACACGGGCUACAAUCGCCAAAUACCCCUCCCUGACUUUAUUCGUGCAUUACCGUCCAACAGCUUUGGCGCCGAGACGUGGCAAAGUCAAUUAUUCGAGAGCUAUCGAAAACUUGUUCUUGCAGACCCGACCCUACGAAGCGUCCAUACUCAACCACUCCGCAGGCUGACGGCACUUGAGAUUGGACGAUCUGUGCAAUGGCUGGGCCGCAGCGAGUCUUUCAAGUGGCUGCGCGAGCUCUAUCGCUUCGUCUUUGGGGCCUAUCCUGAAGAUACCAGUCAGCGCAACCUCAUCAUCAACGCCUAACGUACGUUUCCUGCACUUUACACAUGGAUCUUUUUCGUUUCGGAUCUUGGAUAAACUUUCUCUGAUCUCGGGUGUUAUUUGGAUGGGCCCUUUUAUUCUAUUUCCGCCAUAUACCCCCAACGCUCUCUUCAGUGUGCGUACCAUUCGGUCCCAGCAUAGUUUCAUCGCAUGUUGUAGAUUACGGAUCCUGCAUAUUCGCUUCUGUGUAUACCUUCUCGCUAUCUCUACCGCCUUUAUGAAGCUUAUUGCCAAGAUUACGAUUUUGAUACUAUAUACGAAUAAUAACCCAUUCUUACGAGC